CCCCUGACCCGCCGGCGGCCGGGCCGGGACAUGGGGCCGGUGUUCGCCGCCGUGGCGCUGGCGGUCGCCGCGCUCGCGCUGCUGCCGUUGGCCCGCUGGCUGCUCUCCCGCAUUGUUACCCAGCUCAUCCACAACUGGCUGAAGGUGGACAUCAAGAUCGGCUCCGUCGGCUUCCUCUCACUGCACAACGUCAGCAUUGCCGUCUGCUCACAGGGGACCGUGGAAGUGGACAGAGUCUGGGUCUCCUGUAAGCUGCUGAACCAUGAGUUACCUCACUACCUCGGUCUGUGUGUCGGAGAGGUCCGUUUCCAAGCGGAUCUGCAAGGUACUGUUCAGGAUCAAGAACCGACCGAAGCCGUUCGCAGGGGGAGCGUGAGAAAGCAGCAGUGGGCCCUCCAACCCUCGGUACUGCGCGUGGUGUCACAGCUGUGCUCCGUCCAUGUCUACUCGAUGAACGUGAUGGUCCUGAACGCCAGGAUCCCAGAGUCCCUGUGGCAUUUGGCAGUCUCAAGAUGUGCGCUUGUCUUCAGCUGUGACGGCAACAGCAUCAAGUGCGAGAGCAGUGUGAGGAAACUGAACAGCAAGUUGAUAAAGAGCAGCCAGCUGGAGGAUUUCUGUCUGGCUAACGUGUCACUGAGCCUGCUGGUGACUGUGGAUGUCAGCCUGCCCAAUCUAAGGGCCCUCAGCACAGAGCUGACCAUCGACACGCUGCAGACUGAGCUCCACGAGGGAUUCUUCAGUUCCCAUGUACUGCGGACGGCACUGUCACAGCCCAAAGUGUUGCAGGAAAGUCCAAGCACAGAUACAGCAGAAGAUGUGGAAGAAGCUGAUGCCCUGCCUUACAGACCCGCAUUCGUGGACUAUCUGCCGCAAGUCGUUUCCAUGAAUAUGGAGAACACCAGCGUCACGCUGUCAUUAAACAGCCAGCAGAGACACUUGCACUGGAACCUGAAGUCAUUGAAUUUCCACUACAAGCUGGAUGAGUUUUACCACUCCAUUCCUCAUCUCUCGCUGCCUCCCGUCACCAUCCAGCUGAACCUCGAAGACGGACUGCUCCUGUCCCAGAGUCGGCAGCGGAUCGUGACCCUGGCCAACCUCAGCAGCUCCCUACAGAUCACAGGCAUUGAUGUGUCUGCAUCUGUCACUGUCCACACCUGCAUCGUUCACUAUCGGUACUCGGAGUUUUCACACUGGCAGGCCUUGUGGCCAGGCAGCUCAGCAGAGCCAAAAGCUGCAGCUGAAAGGCCCAUACCUCAGCUCAAGAUUCCCAUCAACCUCACCUGUACACUGACAAAUGUGAGUGGCUCCCUCCAGUUCCUCGCGACGCCUGCCUUCGCACUGGGUGUCAGCUCUGUCGUCGCAGACACCCAACACCUGAAGGCCUGCAAUUCACACUGGCGUGGUAACCUGGCAGUGAAGAACCUCUGGUGGAGAGCAGGUGAUGGGUCACAUGUACUGAGAGCCCCCCCUCCAGCCAACACACACGUAUGGGGAGAUGUUCUUGUGGUGGACACGAUGAACAUGCAGGGCAGUUACAGCCAAGCCCAGUCACACAGUGGCGAAUACGCUAACAGCCUGCACCUGGACGGCACGGUGAGUGAGCUGCAGGUGGAGGUCUCGGAGACGGCAGUGGAGUGUCUGUCGAAAGUGUUGUCUCUAAUGCAGGGAGGUCGGAAAGCACGUUUGGAAGAGAGCCCAAUCAUCAGGGAAUACGAUUCUGUGCAUCAGGAUUUGGACUUCAACAGUGGAGCUAGGGUUCAUCUCUCGAAAGUAAACGUUAAACUGGAAGACGUCAGUCUCUUCUUUCUCUCCAGCACAGCAGGUGCCAGCAUUCUGCAGGUGAGAUCCUUGUCCGUUGACAACAGUACAGAGAGCUUAAUCAGUGAAGUGGAGAAUCUGUCCCUCGCAGUGGAGAAGGAUAUAAAGAGCAGCAUUCAGCUCCAGUCCAAUGUGAAAAAUUUCUCCACGCAUCUUCUCUCUGUGUCCCAGUUCACCGCGGCUUAUUUCACGCAUGGCUGGUCCUUCGAGCUGAGCUCCCUGCAGGACGUCAGUGUGCAGUGGGACCCUCCCAGCCACAUGUUCAUCUACCAUCACCUCCAGGAGGCCAUGCGAAUGCAGCAGAGCCUGAGGACGAGCCUGCUCGGGGGCAGGCUGCCGGCGGGCGAGGGCAAUGUGGGCAGGAGGUCCUUCGGCCUGCAGCUGGAGCUGAAGAACCUGACGGUCGCGGCGCACGUCACCUCCGCGCACGUGGUCCAGCUGCGGGCGGAGAACGUGGCGGGCAGGGCCCAGGGCGAGGAGAAGCAGCUGCAGGCCUCCCAGCUGGUGCUGACCUUUGACGGCCACGACAUCUUCUCCUUCAAGGAGGCCGAGGUGCGGGCGGAGCUGGGGGAGAGCAGCCCACCGUUGGGCUCGCUGCCCGAGGCCAGGACUGGGGUGUGGGCCGUCCGACUCUCCAGCGUCUCUGCCGAGUUCCCUUUCCGCUACGACUUCUCCAGUGCCUUUGACCAGUGUGUGACCGUGGCCAAGUGGCUGAAGGCAUUACACCGGGCGGACAGGACCCCGAGGGUUCAGGGGUCAGCGGAGCCGCUGCCCUCUGACCUGGUCCUCCACGUGGGCCAGUUCUGCUUCGUUUUCCUGGACAGCGUCUUCGAGGUGAAGCUGAGGGACGACUACGAGCUGAUGAAGGACGAGAGCAAGGAGAGCGCCAAGAGGCUAAAGCUGCUGGACGCCCGGGUGACGGCCCUCCGGAAGCAGCACGGGGAGCUGCUGCCCGCCCGCAAGAUCGAGGAGCUGUACGCCUCCCUGGAGCAGACCAACAUCAAUAUGUACGUGCAGCGUUCCCAGCGGCUCUACGCCAACACGCCCAUGCGCAAGGCCCUGCUGACCUGGCUGGUGAGCGGCCUGGAGCUGAGGGCCUCGGCCGAGCCCUCCACCCACGGCGCCCAGCGGGUGCAGGAGGAAAUGCAGAGGCUGGACAGCUCCAGCCCCUUCCCCCAGGACGGCCUCCGGCUCCUCAUCCACUGGUGUCGGCUGGUGAAGUUCGAAGCCAAAGCAUUUCUCGUUCGAAUCCGCGAUUACCCUCGGUACCUGUUUGAGAUUCGAGACUGGAAGCUUUCGGGAAAGCUGAUCGGGUCCGAGGAGGACGGACAUCCCCCCGCACGACGGAAGGUGAAGCUGCCCCUGGGGGCUCCCUGGGGUGACACCGUCAUCGAGAGGAACAUGCCCCCUUUAAAAUGGUACCAUGACUUUGAGUGCCAGAUCUCCCUCUUCACCAUCGUGUGGGGUCCGUGCUGGGACCCAGCCUGGACACUGAUUGGGCAGGCCAUCGAUCUCCUCACCAAGCCCACGGUGGACCCAAGCCCACCCCUCACUUGGUGGGACAAGAGCCGGCUGCUCUUCCAUGGAACCUGGAGAAUGGACAUCGAGCAGGCGAACCUGCAUCAGCUUGCCACAGAGGAUCCGUACAACACCACGGAGAACAUGCACUGGGAAUGGAGCAAGUUACAAUUCAUCUGGAAGAACUGCCAGUUUUGUUUCGAGGGAGACCUUGAUGUCAAUGUGCGAACUGCCUCAAAGUAUGAUGACUGCUGCUUCCUUCACCUGCCCUACCUACGCCUCACCAUUGACCUCCAGUGGGUCUGCUUUGGAAACCCCUUCGAUCACCACAGUGUGGCACUGUGCUUCCCGGACAACCUGGAAGCCUUGCCGGAGGGAGAGGUGCAUGAUUCCUAUAAACUCUUCCGAUCCCGGAAUCUCAACCUGUCAGUAAUGAUGGACCUGGACGCAUCAGGCAGAGGCGACACGGAGUCACGCAUCCUGUUGUACAGCAGCACUCUGCGCUGGAUGCAGAAUUUCUGGGCAACAUGGACAACUGUCUCCAGACCCAUCUGUCGGGGGAAACUCUUUAAUAAUCUGAAGCCAAGUAAGAAGAAGUUGAGCCAACAUUACAAGCUGGUAUCCUUCAACCCCGUCUUCCCUCAGUUACAGGUUCAUUACUGGGCAUCAUUUGCCCAACAGCGGGGCAUCGAGGUACAGUGCUCCCAAGGGUACGUGUUCACCCGAGGAACCCAGAGGUUCAUUCCCCAGGCAGGGGGCUUGGUGUUGCGCCGCCCGAUCUCGGAGUGGAACAUCACCGAGAUGUGCAGUGAGCUGAACCUGGUCACCGUCUACCUGGUGACAUCGGCGACGGAAGAGAGCGCCGAGCAGCGGCUGGACUCGCAGGCGACCAAGACCCACCUCCUCAGCCUCUCGUCACUCAACUACCAGCGGCAGAGCAACAAGGUGGAGGAGGACGUAUCUGUGAAGGAGGAGAGGAGUUACACCCACAAGCUAUGCCUGGUUGACCUCCGAGCAUCGUGGACACCGACCAACCGCACCGUGGCGUUCGGCCUCUAUGACGGCUACAAGAAGGCGGCUGUGCUGAAGCGCAACCUGUCCACCGAGGCGCUGAAAGGGUUAAAGAUCGACACCAACCUGCAGACCAAGAAACCGAAGCGCCCACCGCCGCCCCCUGCUCUCUCCACCACGGAGGACGAGAAGCCGGAGCAGAAACUGCAGGGAGGGCUGGCAAGUGGAUCGGAGGGGCAGCUGCGAGGAGAGGCGGCGAGAGGAGGUGCCUCAAUGUUGCAGAAGCUGAUCGAGGAGACAGACAAGUUUGUCGUUUUCACAGAGGAGGACUCCGGGGUGUGUGACCAGCUGUACGGGAGUGCAGCCUGUCAGACCGAUGAUGUGAUUAACCGCAACUGGCUGAUCGAGCUGGUGAACUCCCAGGUGAUGUUAAGAGGUGCAGAGACAGAAGGCUGUGUCUUUGUAAGUGCCGCCAAGGCACAGCUCCUACAGUGCCUGCACCACCCAGCCUGGUACAAUGACACCCUCAAGCAGAAGGCCACCUGGACCUGCCUGUUGGACGGCAUGCAGUACUUCGCCACCAUGGAGACCAACCCUGCAGAGAAGGAGGAACGCCAGCUGUGGUUAGAGGUCAAAAACAUUGAAGAGCAUCGCAGCCGGAACCUGGACUCUGUGGCGGAGUUGAUGGAGAGUGGACAGGCUGUGGGAGGCAUGGUCAGCACAACGACAGACUGGAACCUCCCCGCUCAAGGCUAUCAGACCCAACAAGUGCAGAGGAUAAUUUCCCGCUGUAGCUGCCGGAUGUUCUACGUCAGUUACAGCCACGAUAUCGAGCCUGAGUUGGCAACCCAGAUCAAACCACCUGAGGUUCAUGAAGACCAGAAGGAGGACCUUCUGAAGAAGCAGAAUGGUGCCGUGGACACAUUCACCCUGAUCCAUCACGACCUGGAGAUAUCCACCAACCCAGUGCAGUAUGCCAUGAUCCUGGAUAUCGUCAACAACCUGCUCCUGCUCGUUGAACCAAAACGCAAAGAGCACAGUGAGAGGAAGCAGAGAGUCCGGUUCCAGCUGGAGAUCUCCAGCAAUCCAGAAGAGCAGCGGAACAGUAUCCUACACCUACAGGAUGCUGUCAGGAUGCACGUCACCCGGAUCCGGCAGCUGGAGAAACAGAUCUACCUGAUCGUCAAGUCACUACAGGACGACAGUAGGAGCACCGCGCUGUUGAACCAGAGCCACGACCUGCAGAUCCGGCUGAACCAAGAGAAGACAGAUCUACAGGCCAAGAGCGAGGAGCUCAACAUUCUUAUCAGGUGUUUCAAGGACUUCCAGCUCCAGCGGGCAAACAAGUUGGAGCUCCGUAAGCAGCAGGAGGACGUGAGCGUGGUGCGGCGCACCGAGGUUUACUUUGCCCAGGCUCGCUGGCGCUUGACGGAGGAGGACGGGCAGCUGGGCAUCGCUGAGCUGGAGCUGCAGCGGUUCCUGUACAGCAAGGUGAAUAAAUCGGAUGACACUGCUGAGCACCUGUUGGAGCUGGGCUCCUUCACCAUGAACAACCAGCUGCCAAACUCCCUGUACAAGGUGGUGUUACGGCCCCAGAACCCCUCGCAGUCUGCCCGCCAGCUCGCUCUCAGAAUCUUCAGCAAGGUCCGGCCCCCCGUGGGAGGGAUCUCAGUGAAGGAACACUUCGAGGUCAAUGUUGUUCCACUGACCAUUCAGCUCACCUACCAGUUCUUCAAGAGGAUGAUGGGCUUCUUCUUUCCGGGCCGGAAUGUGGAGGAGGAGGAAACGGACGAAGAGGACAAGUCCAAGCUGGUGACCACAGGGAUCCAGGUGGGCGCGAAGUCUCGGCAACUGAUCGCGCCCGACGAUACUGUCAGCCUGGGAUCGGCGAAAGGCGUCUCGGCGGGAUUAAACAGGGGCUCGGGAGUCAGGAGAUCCUUUCGGAAGCCUCCAGAGCAUCCAGUGGACGACAUCGAUAAGAUGAAGGAGAGGGCUGCCAUGAACAACUCUUUCAUCUACGUGAAGAUUCCACAAGUCCCUCUGUGCGUCAGCUACAAGGGUGAGAAGAACAUCGAGGACUGGAAGGACUUCAGCCUGGUCUUGCCCUGCCUGGAGUAUCACAACAACACCUGGACCUGGCUCGACUUUGCCAUGGCUGUCAAGAGGGACAGUCGCAAGGCUCUGCUUGCCCAGGUGAUAAAGGAGAAACUCCGCCUGAAACCGGCCUCCGGACUGGAGGCACGGAGCCGGAUUGCGGAGCCUAAAGCAGACGGAAACCUCCAGCAGCAGGAGGAAGAUGAGAAAGCGCGCUUGCUGAUCGGCUCCAAGCUGAUUUCUGGCGAUAAAUCGUCUGGCAAGAAGUCGCUCUUCGGGAAACGAAAGUGAGGAGGGAGAUGGAUUCGCACACUCCACAUCCAAACCCUCUGAUUCCACACGGUGUACGGUGGGUCAGGGAAUCAGUGUCGGAUGUUACGCAGCCCUUCACCCCUCCUCCCCCACCAGACUUUCAGCUAUAACCCCAGGCACUUUCACUGCUGUAAAAUUGUGUAAAGAGAAAACUAUUACAAAAGUUUAAAAAGUAAACUGUGAUGUAAUUAAUACUUACACUAAAAGUUGCACUGUUUUGUAGUAACUGUAAAAUUUGUAAUUUACUGAUAUUUUCUGUCUUUGAACUAUAAUCGUGAUUUUAAAAGGAAUUGACUUUGUGUACAGUCUAUCCCCACUUACCAAAAAUAAGUUCUGGAAACUUUAGCCAAAUUUUUACGAAACAUGUCCAACUGUGGCUCUUGGUCCGAUUAAUGCAGUGGCACGGUCCCUGUCAGUGUUGGGUUGUGUAGGGCUAGUCCCUGACUUCUGCAGCUAUGUUGUUCUGAGACCUGUGUAUAGCAGGUCCCUGGACAAUGCAGGUUAGUUUGUUUUCUCUCGAUGGAUGGUCCCUGGGUGAUACGGUUAUUUUGCUCGCUCCCUGUUUAUGAAUGCUUCCUGGGUGAUCCAGGUUGUUGUCGGUCCCUCCAUAGUUCAUUUAUGUUGGUUUCUAUUCAUGGACGGUCCCUGAGGAUCCAUUGUGGAGUUGGUCCUGUGUGGUUGUUUUAUACUGGACAGGCUCUAGGCAGUCCCACUUGUGUUGAUCCCUUUUUAUGAGAAAGCUCCUUUCCGGCAGUCAUCCUAUGACCAUCACUCACCAUCUGUCAAUACCACUUAUAAGGAUGCAACCUUGGACACUCCCAACAUUAGCCGGAAUAAAAGCUGCUCCUUCAACACCCACCCCUUUCCAAGUGAAAAACAUGGCAAAAUGAACUGAGUUCCUGAUCCUAUUCUCCAUAAAUUCCCGGAGACAAAAGUGACGGGGAGUGCCUGUUAAUUCAGUAUUCCUGCUUUUAGUCUUUAAAAUCUUGUGGGGAAGCAUUUGAUAUUGGAGACAGCUUUUGCUUUAAGUUUUAUUAGUUUGAAAAAGUAUUUAAACAUACUUCAUUCCCUGCCUUUUUAGGGACUUGUCCUCAAGUUUACAAAUAAAUGUGGGGACUGCUAAUCAUGAGGGCUGAACUUGCCAACCCCCAUCCCUCUCCCAGUUAGCUCGGUGAAGGUGCAGCCUGCUGUUUGUGUCCACUGUCUGAGUACCUGACCUGGAGGCUAAAGUGGGCUCUGGGCAGUUUCUCCUGCCUGUGCUUCCAACACACUGCAACACCUUGUCAGGUCUCAGCCUAACCACACAGUUGGGCAGUGUGUGUUCUGAUGGGUAAGGAAUCCUCAAGCUAUUUUUGACGUAAUCAAUGUGUUGCUUUUAAAAUAAUUGAUUUUUUUUAAUGCAGGUGCUGCUGUCAGUAACAGGUUUCACUGUAAGAGGUUCAUGAAAAACGUGUGCAUACAAAAAAAUUACUGCAAAACUAAGGAAUAAAGUUGUUUUGUAACAA